UCCAAAGAUGAAUGGAAUAUUUAAUUAAUAGUCUUCAUUAUAUCAUUACUUUAUCCAUUAUUUUAGAAGUAGAACCCUAAAUUAUGCCUGUUAUAAUAUCCGACACAUCAUAUAGCAGCACCCAAGUUUUUCAGGAAUUUUGGUGACACUGCAUGUUAUUUUCAAGGAUUAAAAACGUGUGGGACGUGCAACUCAGAAGUAAGGGUAAUGGACAGUGCCAAAUGCCAAUGCCAAUGCUAUCCUUGCGGAAUUUGGUGUUUCGUAAUACACCUAUCAAGCUGAAUCCCUAUGCCAAUGUCAUACUCGCACGACAAAAACAUUCCCUUCCCAUUUUCUUCAUCACCUCCUUGUUCCAUCAACUCAACUCUCCACCCAAUCUUCUGGAAGCCAAAAGAUUGCACGCUCUUCUUCUCGUCCUCGGUUUCUUUCACCCAACUUCUCCUCAUAAAUCCCUUCCUUCACAGCUUGUCAAUGUCUAUGUCAACUUUGGUUCCCUCCAUUACGCCUUUCUCUCCUUCACUCAACUCCCCCAAAAGUCCAAUCUUGCUUGGAAUGCCAUUCUACGAGCUCUUGUUGGUUCUAGCCACUUCACCCAUGCCAUUCAGUUCUAUCACUCCAUGCUCAGACAAGGUGUCACCCCUGAUAAUUACACAUACCCACUUGUCCUCAAAGCUUGUUCGUCCUUGCGUGCUCUUGAAAUUGGAAGAUGGGUUCAUCACAUUAUCCUCUACAACGAGGGAAAGCCUAAUCUUUUUGUUCAGUGUGCUGUUAUUGACAUGUUUGUUAAAUGUGGAAGCUUAGAAGAUGCGCGUAGCUUAUUUGAUGAAAUGCCGGUUAGAGACUUGGCUUCUUGGACUGCAAUGAUUUGCGGAACCGUGUGGAAUGGUGAGUGCCUUGAAGCUCUUGCGUUGUUCAGAAAGAUGAGAUCAGAAGGUCUAAAGCCUGAUUCGGUUAUUGUAGCAUCUGUGUUACCUGUUUGUGGCAGAUUGGAGGCUUUGAAUUUGGGGAUGGCACUGCAAGGUUGUGCUUUGAGGAGUGGCUUUGACAGUGAUUUGUAUGUUUCCAAUGCCAUCAUUGACAUGUACUGUAAAUGUGGUUAUCCACUUGAGGCGGAUCGUGUAUUUAGUUACAUGGUUUGUAGGGAUAUUGUUUCUUGGAGUACCUUGAUUGCUGGCUACUCACAAAAUCGUCUGUACCUAGAGAGCUUUGAACUAUAUGUUAGAUUGGUGAAUAUGGGUUUUGCAACAAAUGAAAUUAUUGUUACUAGUGUUCUUUCUGCCUUGGGAAAACUCAAAUUGUUGAAACAGGGGAAGGAGAUGCAUAACUUUAUUCUCAAACAAGGACUUUUUACGGAUGUAGUUGUAGGAAGCGCAAUGAUUGAUAUGUAUGCUAAUUGUGGGUCAAUCAGGGAAGCGGAGUCAAUAUUUGAAUACAUGUCAGAUAAGGACAUCAUGGUAUGGAAUUCACUAAUUGUUGGGUAUCAUCUAGUUGAUGAUUUUCAGUCGGUAUUUUUAACCUUUAGAAAAAUUUGGGUUGCUGAACAUAGGCCUAAUUAUAUUACUUUAGUGAGUGUUCUUCCUAUGUGCACCCAAUUAGGUGCUCUUAGACAGGGAAAAGAAAUUCAUGGCUAUGCAACCAAAAGUGGUAUGGGGUUAAAUGUUUCUGUUGGAAAUUCUCUAAUAGAUAUGUACAGCAAAUGUGGAUUUCUAGAACUCGGAGUGAAGGUCUUUAACCAGAUGAUGGUAAAGAAUGUCAUAACAUAUAACACUAUGAUAUCUGCUUGUGGAACUCAUGGCCUAGGAGAAAAGGGUUUGGCAUUUUACGAGCAAAUGAAGGAAGCAGGAAUGAAACCAAAUAAAGUUAAUUUUAUUUCACUGUUAUCCGCAUGUAGUCAUGCAGGUCUUGUUGACAGAGGUUGGCUGUUAUAUAAUUCAAUGAUUAAUGAUUAUGGUAUUAAGCCAGAUAUGGAGCACUACUCGUGUGUGGUAGAUCUCAUUGGCAGAACAGGAGAUCUUGUUGGUGCAUACAAGUUCAUCACACGCAUGCCUGUGAUACCAGAUGCCAAUGUUUUGGGAAGCCUCCUUGGUGCCUGUCGACUUCACAACAAAGUGGAACUAGCUGAGCUCCUUGCAGAGCAUAUUUUCCAAUUAAAUAUUGAAGAUUCAGGCCACUAUGUUCUUCUAUCAAAUUUAUAUGCCUCUGGAAAACGAUGGGAAGACAUGUCAAAAGUGAGAAGCUUGAUAAAGGAUAAAGGGUUGGAAAAAAAACCAGGAUGUAGCUGGAUUCAGGUGGGCCACUGCAUUUUCGUCUUCCAUGCUACAAGUACCUUUCAUCCAGAACUUGCUAAGAUUGAAGAAACUCUGGAUAGCUUAUUUUUGGUGAUGAAAAGUGAAGAUUAUAUGCUGGCUAAUCUGGGAUUUUGUUCCCAUGUUAAUGACCAACUUUUAACUUAAAAUGAAAUCCUUGAAUAUUGCCAUUGGAUAUUUAUAAAAUGAAAUCCUUCAGUGAUUCAAGUUAAAGUUUUCAACAGACCAAUACAUUAAAGUGCUCCCUUCCGGCUUCAAAGAUUCAUCAAAAUGUUGA